AGAAUAUAGAAUAAUGGUCAAAGCAAAUAGCAAACCGGUUUUUGUAGUUGAAAGUAUGUAUGAAAUGCUAUGUAGAACCCAUGCUGAAAUGAACCAACAUGCAGGACAAAAGCAGCUUUGGUUAUCUAUGAAAGAAAAUUGGGGUUGGUUAAAGCAAGAUAUAAUUGAAAA